AUGGUGGCGACUGCCAGCCUCGCAACAGGAAGGGCGUCAUCUUCUCCAACGAGUAAGACGAACUUCACAGUGGCCGUGGUCCGCGCCCCUCCUCCCAAUUGGCCGUUGCCCAUAUUGAGCACGAACUGGACGGGGAUCACUCUGAAUCUCAGUCAAGCUGUGGACAAAGGGAUUGAGCUGGUUGCCGACAGCGCGCGGAGCAAUGCUUCUCUGAUCUCUUUCCCGGAGCUUUGGUUCCCAGCAUAUCCCAGUGGGUCCAACAAAAACGACUGGUAUCGUGACCAUCUCCCCGGUUACGUCCAGAACUGCAUGGUGGUCGGUGGGCCGGAGUGGAAUCGGCUGGUCUUGGCCGCACAGCAGUUUGACAUCUAUGUUGCGUUCGGAUUCUGCGAGAGAACCGACCGUAGCAUCUUCAUGGCACAAGCUUUGAUUUCCCCUUCGGGCGACCUCCUCGUUCAUCGUCACAAGCUGCGGCCUUCGGGCGAAGAACGUCUGAUCUUCAGCGACGGCUCGAUGGACAUGUUGGACGUUGUGGCCACUCCGCACGGUCGUAUCGGACUGCUCGAAUGCUAUGAGCACUUCUGGCCGAGUAUGACCAUCCCAAUGCAGGCUCAGCUUGAGAACAUUCACUUGUCGGAAUUCUCUUACCUUGUAGACGACGACGUGAAGGGUGCGAACUGGUGGGAAGUCACCACCGUCAAUCUGGGUGCCGAAGCUCACUACGCAGUCCUUUCUGGUGCAUAUGUCUUCCACUCGGGCAUUGGAGCCGUCUGGGUUAUUGAUCCGACCGGCGUGGUAUUAGCGAACAUCAGCUCUGAGGUGGGUUUUGACGAGGUGCCGGUGCUGUAUUACAGUAUCAAUACCACUUCCUUCAACACUAGCAAGACUUACGAUGUCGAUGGCGGAGUCUCCUGGAGCGUGGUGGAGCAAAUCAGGAACGGAUUCCCUUCUUACAUCCCGAGAGACCCGGGUACGUUUGUCGAUCAUCACGAGGUAGCCAUCGCUGCUCUGUUGAGUGGGAACUUCUCCGGCGAAAGGUCGAAGUGA